GCGCCACGAUCGUGACCGUUUUAGUGCGACUAUCGCUGAAGUUUUGUUCUUUAUAUAACAUACACAAAGUUUGACUGGUCUGGUGUAUACGUUUAUAAUUUGUAUCAUGGCUUUUGAUGAUAUUCUUCUAACUUUGGGCGAGUUUGGAACCUAUCAGAAAAUUACCUAUGCGUUGGUUUUUCUAUUUUGGUUUCCGGCAGCUGCAAAUGUUCUCGCGGUGGUGUUCUUGGCAGGACCAGCGGAUCAUUGGUGUAAGGUACCAGAAUGGGAUGACGCAAACUGCACUGGGAUGGGACUGAAUGAGAGCGAUUGUGCAUACUACAAGAAGCAUCUUAGCAUUCCCCAUACAUUAGCAGACGACGAUACCAUUUUGUACGAUCAGUGUCGCAAGUACGAUGUAUCGCAGGUAUCGUUCGCGGAUGCGAUGACGUACUAUAAGGAAGGCACCAAUCAGAGUGAGAAUAUUUAUGACGUCAUUACAUGUGAUCAAGGAUGGAUGCAUGACAUGGCGCUAUCAACAUACACAUUUACCCAGAGGUUCGACCUGGUUUGUGACCGGAAGUACCUGGUCAAUUUGUCACAAUCAAUCUUCUUCGUUGGGGUCUUCAUUGGUUCUGUAAUACUUGGUGCAAUUGCAGACAGAUAUGGAAGGAAAAUAUCGUUAAUCAUUUCAAACAUCAUCGUUGUCUUGUUUGGUGUCUGUGCUGCAUUUUCUCCGAACUACAUCACUCUUGUUACCCUGAGGGCGCUCUCGGCUGUCGGAUGCUUUGGGAUGCUUCUUAUAUCUACGGUGAUAGGAACUGAGUUUGUCGGCCCAUCGAAACGUGCCUUUGUGGGAAUCUUCAUCUCCGUGUCGUUUUCCCUUGGAUAUCUCCUACUCACAAUCUACGCCUAUUUUAUCAGAAAUUGGCGCUAUCUUCUACUAUCGCUCAAUCUGACAUUCGCUCUGUUUUUCUUCUUUUACCCGUUUAUCCCUGAAUCGGUAAGGUGGCAGAUCUUCAAAGGUCGGUACAAAGAGGCGGAAGCUACCAUCAGGAAAGUUGCCAGAAUCAACAAAGUCAAUCUCCCGGAUGGCUUUUUCCACAAACACGACUUUUAUAAUUCAGGGGAGAAACCAGCUGAAAAGGAACGUGAUCCAACUCUACUUGAUCUUUUCCGGACACCGGUCCUGCGAAAAAGGACGCUCGUUUUGAUUGUUAUUUGGUUAACCAACAACCUCAUAUUCUAUGGCUUGCAUCUGAGUACCGGGUCCUUUGGAGUCAACAUCUAUCUGAGUUUUGUUAUAUCCGGAGUCGUAGAGAUCGUUUCUGUCUGCCUCUGUAUCCCAGCGAUAGAAUGGAUUGGUCGUCGGUACAGUAUCAUAGCCUGCUUCGUCAUUGCAGGCGUGGCUAGUUGUAUUGCCAUUUUCGUCCCUACUGGGGUGGCCAAAACGACAAUAGGUAUGAUCGGAAAGUUCGGUAUCGCAGGGUCCUGGGCGAUCGGUGGCAUCUUUGUCCUUGAAGUCCUACCAACUCCUACAAGGAGUGUUGGUAUCGGAAUAUGUUCCACGGCAUCCCGCAUCAUUGCCAUAGCAACCCCUCUCCUUCUCAUUCUCUACGAUGUUUGGGCACCUGGUCCCCUCGUUCUUCAGACCAUAGCUGCUUUAAUAACAGGGGGAUUGUGCUUCAUUCUCCCCGAAACCCGAGGCAAGAAGCUCCCAGAGACGCUGGAGGACGGAGAAACUUUUGGAAUAAAAACGCAAAAGGAGAAGGAACUUCACAGCAUGGAAAGUGCUCCUUUUUAAUUUUCUGGACGAUCAGGUGCCGUAGGGGAUAGAACAGGUAUUAUGGAGUUUUUGUACAACGACCUACGGAGGAUCCAAGGACAGAGCAGAGGAAAUAUUUGUAAAAUGCCCAUCGUGACAAAGAACAACCAACAAGUUUUGUCGAAAAUUUGUGAACCAAAACAGGUUUAGUUGUGAAUCGGGACAAAUUACAUGUUUUCAUUUUUCGUCAGCUCCGAAACUUAUUAGGACGAAACUGUUGUUCCUGUCCACCAAUUUUCGACAAAGACCUUUCAGCUGUUCUAUGUCGUUUGACGGGCAUUUUCAAUAUAUUUGUUGUCAGGGGGCGGAUUCAGGAUUUUCAACAAGGGGGGACACAUUUUCCCCAGGGAAACAAAGGGUUCUCACUUGUGUAUGAACGACAUAAUUUCAGUGCCUCUCAAAGUGGGGGGGGGGCGACACUUGUGUAUGAACGGCAUAUCUACAUAAGAAAUAUUGACUAUGACUCUCAAGGGGGGGGGGCACGGACUUGAAAUGCCCCCCCCCCCCCUGGAUUCGCCACUGUUUACUGUGUUUUUUAAUCCUCUGUACGUCACGGAGCAAAAACUCCCUAUUCUAUCAUCUUGUAACCCAAUGCGCAUGGACCCUACGAAGUUCGAUCCACCGACUGCUUCAGCAUCCCGUACUGUUAAGGGACAGCACCAAUGGACCUACAAGAAGAGAUGGACGAAUCGAGUCUUCCAACGGUAGUUACCACUUUCCGAUUACGUGGAUCUUAAUGAGAACAUACUUUGCCAAUUGUGCCGAUUCCAAGGAGCCGGGGGGGGGGGGGGGGGCAGUCAAUUAUAUUGCUGUACACAUGCGUGACAAAAAAGGGUGUUUUUUCAGUUUUGGACGCCAGCCGCGCGUGCACUCGUUAAGGGUAUCAAAAACACCGAUUUUCAAAAAAUAAAAAAUAAAUAAAAGUGGUUUUGAAAGACUGGUCAAUGGUCAAUCGCGGGGUCGAACGUAUUUAUGGGUUUUUUUUUCAAAGCUUUUUUUCUAUUAAGACUAACCAAAAGUGUUUAGGGUAUGUUUUCCCCCCCAAGUUUUUUCCCUGAGGCUUUUUCCUGAAGUAUUCUAGUUCUUUCCGAUUGUGGUAUUUAAACCAUAAUUGUACUGGGGGUAUGCAAUACCCAUGAAUAUAGUUUUGUCUAACAAAACUUGUUUAGGGGUCAUAUUCUGGCGACAACUUGUUUAGCAAAAUGUGUAAAUGAUGCCCGCGAAAAUUUUGUUUAGGGGGUUUAUUUUGCACACAUAGAAAAACUCGUUUAGGGGAUGUUUGGAAAUAAUUUGGUCACGCAUGUGUAGACCGAUACAUUUGACUGGCCUCCCCGGGCCAAGGAGUAUCUGAUCACUUGCAAAGGAAUGGUUUCCUGGUCUUGGUGCAGAAAAAUUGGACACAGACGUUUUUUUUUUCUGAUAAAGAAUUUGUUACUGCCGAUUCGCGGGCUUCCGCACACACAUAUAAUGACUUCAACAACAGUGAGAAAUACACAAUAUCUAGGGGCUACGUGCCAUGUAUCUCUGGAAUAGUCGGACACGGUCGGAGGAAACUUGAAAUAUGCAAUGAAAAACAAUAAAUCACAUUAUAUCCUCUAUCUUGAAAUAUGCAAACAUACUAGAAUUUCACUUGUAAACAAGAAUUGGACAUUGAUCUGCCAGGAAUGAAGUGAAUUAUCAUCUUCUGCGCAUACAUCCAUACUGAAAAAACAGCGUUCCACAGUGUGUGCCACGGUGUGUUCACAGUGUGGAACACAAUGUGAAAUCACCCUCACACUUUUAAUUUUGAUCAUUUCAAUAGUGUGAAUCACAUAUUCACAAAGUCGACCAUGUGAACACGCUGUGAACACUCACACCGCGGUGUGCGCGACGCGUCGAGGUGUCCACAGUGUGAAAAUAUCUUCACAUUAUUUAAUUUAAGCAUUUUAACAGGUGAGUGUGAAUGAUAUUUUCACAUUGUCCACUAUGUGAACAUACUGUGAUCUCAUUGUGUAAUACUGUGUUCUUUUCCAGCAAGGAUUCGGGGCAAAAUUGGGGUCAGAUGUACAACAACAAAAAACACUGAUCAUUAUACGAAUUUUAAAACGUAAUUUCAGUUUAUAAUCGAGUGUCAGUAAGACACAUAUCUCACACUAAGCCCACGAAUAUUCCGCUUCAUAUAAGUUUUUCUACUUUUUGUAUGUCAGCAAAAACAUAUACGUAAAUAUUUGUCAACAAGUUUCUAUACGUCUUUUACAUGUAUUAUUCUAUGUGGAUUUCUAAGCUGAAUAACAAUAUCAGCAGUCUGUCACUGAAAUGUAAAUCCAUGUACUUUGAUUAAACAUGAAUUCGAUA